AUGGCCACUGUCACUCGGCUUGCCCUUUGGGCCAUUGCAGCCGUUGUGCCAGCUUCUUGCUACCCUGCCACUUCGCCCUUGAACAUCGACAUUGAAGCCAGGGAGGCGUCGUUGGGCCUGCUCAUUGGUCCUUCUGUGGUUGAGGUGCCCGCCUCGAUCCGCAAUGUCUUCCCUGCCAAGGACUUCAACCGCCCCGUGACCCAGACUUACUGGCAGACGGAGGUUCGCUCGGGAGACCCCAGCGGCAUCGCCAACCAUACGCUGCGCCAGCUAGGCAACGCCACGUUCCUGGCCUUUGACCGCGGCUUUUACGACGUGCUUGGCAUCAAAGACUACAGGCAGCCCAAAAAGGUCGAGACCAUAUUCACCUUCCCGGCAGGCCCGUCAUAUGCCAACCGGAUGGUCCACGAUGGCACCGUCUACUCGCCCGAGUGCAACUGCAUCUUCGCGGCAGAGCUCUACCCUCCCAAGCCUGGGUUCUCGAUGCAGUUUCUGCCCUGGGUCUGGCGGACGAACCUGAAUGGCACCGCCCCAGUCACGGAGAAGGUCUACCCAGACCCGCCGCUGACUAUUGCCAACGGUGCCUACUACCACGACGGCGCCGUGUACUGGCAGCAAGAGGGCAACUACACCACCCCCGGCGGCAUCGUGCGCAUGGACCCCCUCACCCUCAAGACGGCCGUUGUGCUCAACAACUAUCUCGGCCACCGCUUCAAUUCGCCCAACGACGUCGUCAUGACCAAGCGGGGCGUCGCCUACUUCACCGACGGUUACUAUGGCUUCGACAACUUCAACGACACCAUCAAGCCCGAAAUGGCCAACGGCGUGUGGCGCUGGGACUCCAAGACGGGCAACGUGCGCAUGGUUGCCGGCGCCGGCACGGGCAUCUUCACCAACCCCAACGGCGUCGCGCUCAACCGCGAGGAGACGACCCUCUACAUCACCGCGCGUGGUUUCGCGUCCGCCGACGCCGACGGCAACCGCAACAUCUACCAGUUCGAUCUCACUGCCAACCAGGGCAGGAUUGCCCAGCCUCUCUUGUUCGCCUACAGCGACGCUGGUUUCACCGACGGCAUCAAGACGGACAAGGAGGGUCGCGUCUACGGUGGCGUGACGGGGUCCGUGGACAUCUUUGACCCCCAGGGGACAUUGCUGGGCAAGAUCAACGUGGCUCCUGGGGACACGGCUGUCAACAUGGCCUGGGUCAAGAACUGGCUGUACAUCUAUGGACGGGACAAGAUCUACCGUGUGCAGCUCAACACUGUCGGGUCUCAGAUGCUGUGA